AUAAAAAAAAAGGGAAAAAUAACGAGCCGCCCUCACCCGACCCGGUCGUCACGCCCGUUCCCGGCGACUUGGAGGUUGCGCCGGCGCCGCCCCCCCCCCCCCCCCCCCCCACCCCACCCCCGACGAGAUGGAGGACGGCGUGUCAACUUAUACCGUCGAUGAGGCGCUUGUGUCCAUGGGGUUCGGAAAGUUCCAAGCAUUCGUGCUUGCCUAUUCCGGGAUGGCCAAGAUCUCGGAGGCGAUGGAAAUGAUGCUUCUGUCGUUUGUUGGGCAGUCGGUUCACGCUGAAUGGGGGCUUUCUGCACAGGAAGAGAGUUUCAUCACAAGUGUUGUAUUUUUAGGGAUGCUCGUAGGAGCAUACUGUUGGGGCUUAGUUUCGGACAACUAUGGGAGAAGGGUUGGGUUCAACUUCACAGCCCUUGUAACCGGCGGGGCUGGUCUUCUCAGUGCCUUCGCGCCAAACUAUCCAUCUUUGAUAGUACUAAGAUUUUUUGUUGGUGUUGGACUGGGUGGUGGACCAGUUCUAUCUUCUUGGUUUCUAGAGUUUGUCCCUGCUCCUAACCGAGGAACUUGGAUGGUUAUCUUCUCAGCAUUUUGGACCAUUGGCACAAUACUGGAAGCUUCGCUCGCUUGGGCUGUGAUGCCAGCUUUUGGAUGGAGGUGGCUGCUAGCGCUCUCAUCAUUGCCAUCAUUUGCCCUACUACUCUUCUACCCAUUGACACUCGAGUCACCAAGAUACCUAUGCAUGAAGGGCAGAAUAGCUGAUGCAGUGCAUGUUAUGGAAACAAUGGCACGAGUAAACCGUGUAGCUCUCCCUUCUGGACGGCUUAGUGCUGGCCAUCGAGUGGAGCUCCACGAGAUGGCAGAUUCCGCAGAAUCUGCGCAGUUGGUUUCAGCUAGGAAAACUAACCCUGUCGAUCACGCCAGCAAACCUGGGAUAGGGGGCCUGAAUGCCAUCUUAAGGCUUUUGUCUCCAAAUCUAAUUAGAUCGACUCUUCUUCUUUGGACUGUCUUUCUCGGUCUCGCCUUCUUGUACUACGGUCUUGUUCUGCUAACCUCGGAGCUGAGUCAUGGAAAUAGUAUCUGUAGCUCAGAAGGAGCAGUAACAGUUGAAACAACCCACUCAACUGAUGUUAAUCUCUACAGGAAUGUAUUCAUCACUAGCUUUGGAGAGGUUCCGGGCCUUAUUCUGUCGGCCGCCAUCGUGGACAAGUUCGGACGCAAGCUCUCGAUGUCCUUGAUGCUUUACGUCAGUUGCCUGUGCAUAGCUCCUCUCAUGUUCGCUCAGACGGAAUCCCUGACGACCGUCUUCCUGUUUGGAGCGCGCAUCUGCAUCUCUGCCAGCUUCAUCGUCCUGCACAUCUACGCCCCCGAGAUAUACCCGACGGCGGUGAGGGCGACGGGCGUGGGGUUCGCAAGCUCCAUCGCCCGCUUCGGCGGGAUCCUGUGCCCGCUCGUGGCCGUCGGGCUGGUGCACGCGUGCCACCAGACCGCGGCCAUCGCUGUGUUCAUCACGGUGAUGCUGGCAUCGGCCGUCGCCGUGUCCUACUUCCCCCUGGAGACGAGUGGGCGGAAGCUGAGCGACCACAUCGCGGCGUAGGGCGGGGCACCUGACAAUGACAUUGCUGCUGCUGCUGCUGCUGCCGCCAGCAUUUGACUCUCCAGAUACACAGGAUACUACAUGGGUGGUGCCAGGGACGGAAGCCAUUCAGUUUCUUUCCUUUUUUUAGGAUAUAUGUUUCCCUCUGCAAGAGCAAGAGCAUACAUAUAUAGAGAAUAGAAAGGGAAGGAGUAAAAUUGAUUUUCGGGUUCUGGAUGUCAUUGUUGAAUUUACCCUGGUUUUCAGUAGAUGAUAUGUACAAUGAUAUUAUGAUUUUUCGAGGGGAAAAUACAAUGCUGAUAAUAUGAAAUGUCCGUUUUACC